AUGAAGACCGUACAAUUCCCUGGACUAGCUGGUCUCACGGCCUUCGUUCGACCUCUAGAUUUGUCUGAUCUCGACAGCUGCGUGGAAGUCGAGAGCGCCUUUCCCGAGCAGGAACGCUGCUCUAGGGAAAAGUUCAUCUACCGCCUGACCAUAUGCCCAGACCUUUGCCUAGGGCUAUUCGUGGAGAAUUCUGGCCAGGUAGAACUGGUCGGCCACGUGAUUGCCACACGAGUCCCCGGCAAUCGAGUGACGGAUGGAGCUAUGGAAAUGCCCAAAAACUGGGACGGGAGCCGUGAUGUUGUUCAGGUGAAUGGAGAGGCUAUUGGGAACGAUGUGAAUGGACGUUUUGUCGGUGUGCACUCCCUGGCGAUUCGGACGGGGUACCAGUUUAAGGGGUUGGGAAGGGCGCUGAUGGAUGAGUAUAUUGAAUCUGCUCGCAACGGUAUUGAAUCGGCACAGAGUAUUGUGAUCAUAGCUCAUGAUCAUUUGAUUCGGUUCUAUGAGAGCUUUGGCUUCAAGAACCUGGGGCCGAGUCCGUGUGCUUUUGGUGGUGGAGGGUGGUAUGACAUGGUGAGUUUCCUAAUCAACUUCUGGGACAGCAUCCAUUAA